GUGGGAGUGUGUCAGUUCUAGAUGCUGUGAUGGAUGAAGUUUCGUCAAACGACCUAGGAAGUGGGGAAAGUGGUGGGACAUUAACGUGUGCUGGAUGUCUCAAUGCAAUUGAUGAAGAUGAAUUCAUACAGGCACUAAAUCAAGAAUGGCAUAUCGAUUGUUUUCGGUGUUCAGCAUGUGACAUUGGCCUGUCCACGUGGUACUUUGAGAAAGAUGGGUUACUCUUUUGUAAAGAUGAUUAUUGGGCUGCUUAUGGGGAAGCUUGUCAAGGUUGUGGCCAAAUCAUUACAGGUCCUGUCAUGUUGGCAGGUGAUCACAAAUUUCACCCAGAAUGUUUUGCCUGUAACUCUUGUGGAGCCUUUAUUGGCGAUGGAGAGAGUUAUGCACUAGUUGAGAGGUCAAAGCUGUAUUGUGGAAGUUGUUAUAAGAGACAAAUGCAGCCAAUUAAUAGGACAGCUAAUUAUCCAUUCACGAGAAAGCCACACAGCAUUAGACUAGUGGAGAUACCUCCAAAUACUUCUGAUCCUGAGAAACAAAGAGGAAUCAAACUGACAUUAGACACAACUCCUAGUCCCAGAAAUUGUGGUGCUUUGCUUCGUAUAUCUGAGUUAAUGAGAAAUGUUCGUGGAAAAAUCAGUAAGCUGCUGGCCUCUGUGAUGGAGGUUCUAUUUAGACUAUGCUGCCAGUUCUCUAAUCAUAGAUUGAAUAUGUCCAGUGAUCUCAUAUCUUUGCAUAUCGGUGAUCGUAUACUCGAAGUAAAUGGCACCCCGGUUAAAGAUCAGCCUAUAGACAGUAUUGAAAAUCUAAUACAAUAUUCCGACACAGUUUUACAGCUAACCAUUGAGCACGAUCCGGACACAGUAUCUCGAAGACCGACGUAUUCGUCGCCGUCCGCGGCGAUGUUGACAUCGAUUACGAGUCCAAGAACAAGUCCCGAAAAUAAAGAACGUUUAUUUAAACGUCGAGAUGAAGGUUACAUCAGUGGAACGCGAAGUAGGCAAUUGCGGAGAACCAGAGAUCCUAUGCACAAAGAGCGUAGUAGUUCCAUGUCGCGGCUGCUUGACGGAUCUUCAUCCACAAAUCCUACAUGUGACUUAAGCAGGACUAGAUCGUUUCGUGUCGAACCAAAGAAUCAAAGAAUAUUCCGUGCCAGUGAUCUAGUAAAAGGUGAACUGCUGGGUACAGGAUUUUUCGGGCAAGUUUUUAAAGUCACACACAGGGACACCAAUGAAGUGAUGGUUUUAAAAGAAUUAUACAGAGUAGAUGAGGAAGCCCAAAAGAAUUUUUUAAAAGAGGUUGCCGUGUUACGUUCAUUACAUCAUAACAAUGUUCUUCGAUUUAUUGGUGUUCUAUACAAAGAUAAGAAACUUCAUUUGGUUACCGAGUACAUAGCAGGUGGAACUUUGCGAGCUCUGUUGCAUGAUACGAAUGAAGUCCUACCGUGGGAACAACGAACGUCGUUUGCUAAAGACAUAGCCGCUGGCAUGGCUUAUUUACAUUCCAUGAAUAUAAUUCACCGAGACUUGAACUCGCACAACUGUCUUGUACGCGAGGAUAAGACUGUCGUCGUAGCCGAUUUCGGCUUAGCCAGGAUAAUACAGAACGGCAAUUCCCCUGACAAUCGUAAAUAUAGUAGACAUUCCGACGGAGAGGUGAAAACAUCGAAAAAAGAGCGAAAGAAACGGUACACGGUAGUCGGGAAUCCAUAUUGGAUGGCGCCUGAGAUGAUGAAGGGUAACAAGUAUGAUGAAAAAGUUGAUAUUUUUAGCUUUGGUAUUGUCGUUUGUGAAAUUAUUGGGCGGGUUCAAGCGGAUCCUGACUAUCUACCACGAUCUUCAGAUUUUGGACUGAAUCAAAACGUAUUUAAGGAAAAAUUUUGUUCUAAUUGCCCAGAAAUGUUUUAUGUGAUUGCCUUCCUUUGCUGCGAUCUGAAUCCGGACAAGAGACCGCCUUUUGAAGUGAUGCAUUUAUGGCUGGAAGGAUUGGCAAUGCAUUUAUCAGUGGGUGCAGAAUUGCCAUUGGAUUUGGAAUCCGAUAUUAGAAAUUAUACAGGACCGAGCACGAGUACUAGUGAGUCUACGACUCCAGAGACUCUGGCACCGCAAUUAAAGCCCAUUAAAGAAGGCCAAGUGCACCAGGAAAAAAAACGGUGUAGUGGUUGUACUGAUAGCACACUUGAACGUGAAGAAACCGUGUCUAGUAGUAACAUACUUCAAGUGCCUGACGUGUUAAGUCCUCGAGGAAGGUACGUGAGACAGAACAGUAAAACGAGCGAGUCGUCUGGAAACUCGGGUCGUUAUUCUAGGCAGAACUCGAGAUCUAAGGAAGCUUCAAUCGAAAAACCAGAUAUCGUUAUUUCUCCGGACUGCAGUGGAUUUUCUGGCUGCUUUCCAAGACAAAGUAUCAAUUCGAAUGAAUCAUCUGCCCACUUUUCUAGUGAUAAACAAGAUUUAUAUGUGAAGAAUGAUCAGAUGGAAUGUAAUUUGAAACGGAUACCCACUAUCGAAAAAAUACGGUAUGUGGGUAGAGCAAGUCCGUGUUCUCUGUCAGAUAGUCCUGAAUACAUUAUCGAUAACAAGUGUUCGUACAAGGUGAAUAAUAAUUUGAAUUCCAAGUCAGCAGAGAAAUCUAAUGAAUUUAAUUCAAUUGGUAGUGGUCAUUCGAAGAUCAAAUUGGAAAGCAAAUUCAAAAUGCCGGAUGCGAAUUCUGUUAGUUCCUAUUUGAGACAAAUUGGAAAAUCAAUAACCGUCGCAGAAAAGGAAAAUAAGGUUGAUAGUCAGAUUGAUAAUGACACGAAGAAGACUGGAGGCGAAGCUUCGAAGACAUCAGCAGGGUGUUAUCUAAGAAGAACAAAGAUUUCUCCUACGAAAGAGUCGCCAAAGAGUGCAUUUUCGCCGCAAAAGAACAAUCAGUCCGAAGCUGGUUCUUCGUUACAAUCAAAAAUAUUUGUAGGUCCGGAAGAAGUUACUGGAGAAGAACCUACUGAUGACAGGGUAACAAGGCAAGAAAGUAAUGUUUCGGAUAUCGGUAGUAUAUUGUCUAGGCAAGGAAGUCUUACAGUAUUAGACUAUACAGCCAAACACAAAGAUAAAAUGUACAAAGACUAUUCGCCUUUUAAUACCUUGCAGAAAGAGGACCUCAGUAAAGAGGGCGACAGUUUCAGGAAGAAUACUGCGCUUCAUUAUACAGAUAGUCUCUAUUCAAAUUCGAGUCUUUCCAGAAAUGAUGAUUUUAUUUCAUACAAUGCACGAAAUGAGACUAAUGUAGAUAAUAAAAAAGACUGCACCUCAUCCACCCAAGAUUGUACGAAGCUCGAGUCCAACGACUCUAAGCAAGUAAUCGAUACUAAGUCUGUGUAUGAUGGAAAAUUACCAAACUCUUUGGCGGAAUACACUGGAUGUUAUAAAAAUGUGGAUCUAUGCAGGCAGGAUAGUUUCGGUUCCGAUAGUGCAGUUGGUACCAUGAGAAGUAAUUUUUUUGCAGAUUUAGAUUUCGUUCAGUUAAGAGACGGUAGGCAUACACCGGAUUUGUGCCAUACUCCCGAACGGUGUUGUACUCCUAAUCGGGCUGCGUCACCAAUAGAGAGCACAGCUUUGUGAAGUUUUCACGUUAACAAAGUAACGUAGUAUGUUCUUAAUGAAACGAAUCUCUCACUUUACUAAUUUGAUUUUCUUACGCUUAGCUGAAGAUUUGGUAAUUUAAGUCGUUUAGUUUCCGAUUUUAUUGCCUAACUUUCAUAAUUUCAAGAUGAUCACAUCAAGCGUUAAUGUUUUGUUUUUGUCAAACGUGUUGUAGCAUUGUGUUACUGUGCGCAAACAAAGUAUUAUUAACAAUUUGAUGCUCAGUAUUAAUGAAUUUCAUUGCUAUCGGUCUUUAUGAGUUUAAACAUGUUUUGAAAGCGGCGCAUAGUGGCGCCCUCCGAAGAACUCGCACAAAAAGAUAUGCAUUUUUGCAAGAUCUUGCCUUGUGGUUUUCAUGAGCGGCAGUUUAAGUAAUUAUAAGACUAACGAAAGCAUUCCAUCCAGAAUCUAAUCUGAUAUAUUCAGAAUCGAUAGAAGUAACGCGUGCUUUUCAAAAAUGGUGUCUGAAAUGCGCCGAUCACGUGUAGCAAUUUUUUAAACGAAUUCCCGGGAACACUGAACGGAAGUCUAGAUCGGUGCAUCUCUAGUUUUUUCUCUUUGAAAAUACGGGAUUAUAUCGAAGAAAUUGUAAGCAUUAUUGUAGAGUCAGUUUUGUAGAAUAGAGUGUAAAAAAAUGAUAUUCUUUACCGGAUAUAUAUGUACAUCAUACUGUAAGAUAUUAUCCACAUAUAUGAUGGUGGUGUGCAUGUAAAAAUUAUCGACAUGUAUA